CUUUGUACCACAUCGAAAGCGCAACUUUCAUCUUAGAUCUUGUAACUUUUGCGUUUGCGGAAACCUUCAAAGGAAUACUAUUCCUGCUUCCCUUGUUGCUCAACAGCUAUUUAAACUUUUAUCAUCAAAAAUACCAGGUUAUAAAUUCUUGUUUCAAGGAUUUAUUGGAGAAGGAGAAUACGGAAAAGUACAACGUGCUGAUCUUGAAAGUGAUAGAGUUAUUGUUGCACUAAAAUAA